AUGAAGCAUACAAUACUAAGCGCAGUCAUCCUCCUCCCUCUCGCCUACAGCAGAACCGCCAAAGAGCUAUGUCGCGGUACCGCUGAACUAUCCUCUGAUGGCAACUGGUACUGUUCUGAGGUCUGGGCCAUCACCUACCGCAACAUCAGCCAGCCUGGUGCCUACAAUCGGACCACUACAGUCGAUCCAAAGACUGGUACCUGUGGUCAUGAACGUGUCGACUAUCCUAGCGCAGGACCACUGACACCAUUGUUCGGACAAGACACGCUACCAGUGUCACAGCAUCCAGAUGGACAGCCCUUCGAGAUCCCUUCACCCUCAUCAUCAUCAUCGCAAGACACAUUACCAGUGUCCCAGCGUCCAGACGGACAGCUCUUCGAUUCCCCUUCGCCCUCACCGUCAUCAACACAAGACAUAUUACCGGUGUCGCAGCUGCCAGAUGGACAACCUAUUCAAUUCCCCUCGCCCUCGCCAUCAUCGAUGCAAGGCAUAUUGACGGUGUCUCAGCGCCCAGAUGGACAGCCUAUCGUACCCUCGCCUUCACCUUCUACCCCACAAGAGACGCUACCAGUAUCGCAGCGACCGGAUGGACAGCCUUUUGACAUCCCUUCGCCCUCACCGUCACCUCCACAAAACCCAUUACCAGUAUCACAGCGUCCAGAUGGACAACCUUUUGACAUCCCUUCGCCCUCGCCAUCGCCCAUUUCGAAGAGGCAGGGUUCAGAUUGGAAGCGGAUAGCAUACUACACGUCUACAUCACCGGCUCAAGCCACCGGGCUCAGCUUCAUGGCCAACCUGGGUGAUCCCCAAAAUGCAUUUGGAAACUCGCUCAGCUACGUCACUCCACGGGGUGACAAAGUAGCGGCUGAGAGUCAGCCGUUCGAAGGCACGCUAAAGACGUCUGAGAACGAGAUUGUGAUCCUUUCCGAUAAAGAGUGUGACGCGGAUUGCCCGUACUGGAGGCCAGACGCGACAUCUCACUACGGCUGGUCAGGCUCCUCAAAAGCCUUCUUCAUCGAAUUCCAAAUGGAUCACCACGACAACAUAGGCACGGACCAAGGCCUCCUCUCUGACGCCCCGGCCUACUGGUUCCUUAAUGCAGCCAUACCUCGCAUCCUCCAGUACGGCAACGACCGCAACAACGUUCCCUGCUCAUGCUGGUCAACGGGCUGUGGCGAGUUCGACGCAUUCGAGCUUCUCAGCAAAGGCGCCGAACGCGCAAAGUCGACCAUACAUCGGCAGGGCAAUCUGGAGGGUGGUGACUCGAAUUACUUCAGCAGACCGGUAGGGAAGAAGAUGAAGUUUGCGGUUGUUUGGCAUUAUCCGCACAUUACGGCAUUGGUGCUGGACGACGACUUUGACUUUUCAGAGAGCAUGUCAAAUGAUGCGAUUCAGAAGUUGGUGGCAUACGAUCCGGAUAGCUGGGUGCAUUCUCUGUAUGCUAUUGGGGACUGA